GAACGACCCCCGGCGCGGGGAAAAAAGAUAUUGUGACAGUGAUCGCAGUGCCGAUCGACGGAACUACGGGGAAUCUGGAUGUGCUGAACGGUGGGAAUUUAGAAGGUUUUGAUCACGAUCAAGAUCUUCAAGACACCGACAUCCAAGAGUUGAAUCUCGACAGUGCGUUGCAAGGAACAACCGGUGGUCCUGCAGACGACGCUGGUCACCAGGGCGAGCAACACGUGGAAAUCGAUUUUUCUACCCCGCAAGCACUGGAAACAAAUGAUCUACACCAUCCUUCGCAAGACGAUCUGAUCGACCGUGUGCCUGAGAGCACAGCUGGUAGUCACGAUAUCAACGACUUUCCAGUGCCAGACGUGUCUGCGGAAGAUCAACAUGGGGAGAACGGAAAUGGCACGAGCGGUGGUAAAAAGCGCAACGAGCAGCAGGGCUACUCUGCAGUGCCGCUGAGACGAUAUUUGCUAUCGAGGACCGAACACCACGACCAGAACGGGAAGGAGAAACAGGAGAAAUUGAUACCUCCAAAUGGAAGUGCGCUACCGAAGGUGAAAGUGGUGCACCAACCAAGGGUCGUUCAUCAUGCCGGGGCGUUUCUACAACCCUUCAUUCCACCUCUGGGGGGACCGCACGCACCAUUGCUUGUCCCCGUCGACGUCAAGGCGGUGCUCGAAGAGAUGGCAACUUCUACCACGGUAGAUGAGCCACCUGGCGUUCUUUCCGGGAAAAGUGGAAAUGAGGCGGCGUCGGCUUCCGCCACUUCUGCCACGGAACAAGUAAACCCGGCUGCACCUCCCGCAGGAGCCGCACCCGAAAAGAACGCCGACCUUGCAAAAGAGCGGGACGAGCCGGAUGUAACAAGCAGCGGCUCUCCUCCUUCAUCCGUAAAAACCUCGGUGGAGCCGAGCGACGAUGAUGAACAAACCACCGCUUUAACAUCGACGGCAUCUCCAAAUCCAAAAGAACCACCGUCUUACCACCGUGUCGUCACUGCCUCGGAUGACUACAGGGCGUUCGAGGCAGAUGAUAGGUUGGAGAACUGGAUCCGGCAAAACAGCAGUGCAGCCGCUGCAACGCGUACUAGCCAUGACCUGGUUCCGAUCCGUCAACAAGAAAAUCAUACAUUCCUCGAGCACCGAGCAAGAUCGUCAGCUCCAUCCUCUGCAGAAGUUGCCAGGGACGGCGCUCCGGGAAUGACAGCGGCAUCUUCGCCCACAACGUCGAUGACGGCAACUACUAAGCCCUUCCUGUUUAAUCAGCGCAAGCGCAAAGGUUUUCUGUUCUCAGCCAGCGAAAAGGAGAACCUGCACAAGGAUCGCGGUCCAGAUGAUGCUGAGCUAGCAGACAAAGAGCCAGUUAAUGACAGUAAGAUGGAUGCAGUGCCAGCAACAUCAGAAACGAGCAGCUUACCAUCAAUCCCGUACAACUCGCGGUCCCGUUGGGCGCUCGCACGGAAGUUCCGAAAGGGUGAGCUGAAAGGAGGAGAAGGAACAAUUUCUCCAGAUGAUACAGUAGGAGGAUUUCCAAGGGGCAGUACGGGUGGUCAGCCGGAUACCAGUACGGGCUCAAGAUCUACUAGUGCACCGGGCAGGAAUCCCUUCUUUCCGGUUAAUCAAGCCGAAGAUCACCACGCGCAGCAAGGCAACCACAGUACAGCAGCACAAAGCGCGCCCCUGGCCUUGCAGCUUGCCGGGAUCCUGCGGAAAGUGCUUGAGAAGCUUCAAGGACAACAAGGGCCGCAAAAUCUUCAAGGGGUUCGUGUUGCGCCAGGUGGACCGUCGGUAUCCGCAGUAGCACCUACCGGACAAGAAGACUUCGGUGCGGAUGAGAACCACGACCGUGAUCACGCAGAGAGCGGUCCGGACGAGACUGCUGGAGACGAGCCGGUGGAAGAAUCCACUUCAACCACACAUGCUGCCAAAUCCUAUGUUGACGCCGCCAAAAUCCACCGCGAAAUCGUGCAAAGCACCGACCUCGCCGCGCUAAACGACUACAGCGCCUGGCGCAUGCGGUUGAAGGGCACUCUGGUCGGCGGUGGGCCGAAAUUGAGUCUUUUAGAGAGUCUGGCGGCGGAGAGCUUUUUGUUCAAGCAGCUUUCUUCACAAAGAGAUUCGGUUAGAAACACCAGGCGAAAUAAUUCAUCAGGCGAAAAGGACCGCGGGGAGUUGAUCCAGAAAGCCAAUCUUUCCUGGCAGCAGAGGAUCACAACCGCAGUGCUGAGGCGACCACCGGAAAAUUACACGACGCCUGGUGGCACACUGCAUCAAGUGGAAGCCGAUGACACUGAUGAAGCGACCACCACUACAACCAGGACAACAGAAGAACGCUACAACAAAGAUUUCUCUGGUGCUCUCGCACAAAACAUACUGCAGCGCUUUGCGUUGCGCGUUCCGGUCAAGACUUGUUCGGAGUUUCAGCAAAACAAAGACAACUUGCUGGAGCUGCUGCAGCUGGGAGCCGCACACAGUAGUCGUGACCAACGAGUAGAGGCCUCGUCUUCAGUAACGAACUUUUCCAACCUGCUCGGGCGGAUCUCACUUGGCAAACUAUCGCUCGAAGACCUGUGCAGUCUGGUCGUCACGGUUCACAGGAUGCAGAAACGGCUAGCAGGUGGGGGUUUUUCGGAUAUUAAAACGGCCAAAAUAAAUACCUCCAGGAGGAACGAUGGAAAGAACCACCAAGAACUGUCGGAGCCGUUGAAGCACACACUGUCCCAUUACGUCUUCCGUCGCAUGUUCUUUUCUGACAACCGAAGAACCAGAAGUUCUUCGGCAGCUUGCAGUAUUAAAAGUCGCCAUGAUCCCCUACCGCUUCUUCGCCACCAUCGCCUCCCGAGCAGAUUGGUAAGCGAUUUGUGCAUCGCGCUGGAUUUGGAGAGGCAAUUUCUAGCGUAUUGCGAGCAGCAGAUGAUUUGUUCCCACGCUUCUAGCGGCAGCAAUGUCCUCACGACGGGGAGGGCACAAAAAAUGGAUGACAAAAGCAAACACGCUUGUCUCCACCGCAUGCUUGCCGUAGUAAACGCCAUCGACCAGUUUCCGAACCGAGGAAAGAUCAAAAACCAGCUAUUGCCACAAGUCGCGGAAAAUCUUCACCGGUUCAUAGUACAACCACCGGCGACGUGUUGGUCCUCGUCUUCGCCUGCGGAUCUUGGUUCCUCUGGCACUCCACUCAGCAGCACUACUAGAGCGCUCGAAAAACUGACAGAACUCGCGGUGCAUUGCG